AUUCCUGUAUACGCAUUUAAUAUAGCAAAUAUUACAAGUAUUACAAUACCAGAGAAUGUUAUAUCUGUUGGAGCACAUGCGUUUGAAGGAUGUCCAUAUUUGAAAGAUGUUAUAUUACCUUCUAAAAUAUCAAAUCUAGGAGGUUCGUGUUUCCCAACGAGUGUAAACAUCACAUUCCCAAGUACUGCAAAACUUUCUAUCGAUGAUCAGAAGAUUUUGUAUAAUCUCGAUAAAACUAUAUUGAUUAUGUGUCUUGAAAAACUGACUUCAUAUGUUAUACCUAGUAGUGUUGAGACCAUUCGAGCAGAAGCGUUCAAAUCGAUGAAAGAUCUCACAAAGAUUGAAUUUCGAUCAGGUUCUACACUUAAAACUAUCGAAUCACUAACAUUUUCUGAAUGCAUAAAGCUUUCAUCUAUUGAGAUUCCUAACUCAAUUAGUUAUUUUGGUGAGAGUGCAUUUUCAUCAUGCACAUCUCUCAAAUCAGUUUUCUUUGGCAGCAAACUGACGCGGAUUUCAACGAGAUGUUUCGAAAACUGUGUCAAUCUCGAGAUUAUUAGUUUCAGUCGAUGUGAUGGUAGUGCAACAAUUGAUUCAUACUCGUUCAGUGGUUGUUCACACCUCAAAACAUUUACAUUGAGCGAAGGCAUUGUUAGUAUUGACAUGCGGUGUUUCAAUGAUUGUAUCUUGCUAGAGAGUAUCAAUAUUCCAUCAACUCUUAAAUAUAUUGGUAUUUAUGCUUUCUCUAACACAAAGAUAUCCACUGUCACAUUUGCAUCACACAGUUCAAUGGUCAAUCUUAGUCAGUACUCAUUCAGCCAGUGCACUUCUCUUCGAGAAAUUGUUAACAUGCCAGACAGUAUCAUGAACAUUGGCUCAAACUCCUUUGAGUCUUCCAAGAUAUCAUCUUUUACUGUUCCUAUUUCUACAGAAACUAUAGAUAACUAUGCAUUCCGUAGGUGCUCUUUAAUGGAGACAUUCACAAUUCCACCAAGAUGCUCUCUCAAGAAAAUAGGUAACUUUAUUUUCGAAGGAUGCGUAUCGCUGAGCAAGAUUGAAUGUGUUGACAGCGAUUUCUUUGUUAUCGACAAUGGUGCCCUCUUUGACAAGAACAGGAGCAAGUUAAUCUGCUUCCCUCCAGCUUCAUUAAUUAAAUUCUUUUGUUUCUCACAGAAUGUCCGAACUAUUUCAUCGAGUGCAUUCUACGGCUGCAAGCGACUUGUUGGAAUCAUGAUCCCAGAUGACUCCAUUGAAAGCAUUGGGCAUUCUGCUUUUGCAUACUGCACAUCCCUCAAGUACAUUAAUAUUCCUAUCUGCGUGAAGAGUAUUGAUCAGUCAGUCUUUACCGGAUGCACGAAUCUUAACUGCGGUGUUACUGUUGAGAAUCAGAACAUAUCAUUCAAGCAAUCUCUUGUUGAAACAAGCGGCCUUAGUCCCACAUCUAUGAAAGACUGUGGUUUGAUUACAUGCAAGAAUGCUAAUACUUAUAGACCUGUCAAAAAUUCUUAUCUUUAUGUAUUUAUUUUAAUGUAG